UCCCCCGGCGUCGUUGGAGCUGCUCGCCAGCCUGCAAUCCAACAUGGAGUAGAGAGAGAUGGGGCUCUAGCGGGGCCACCCCUCGGUAACAACAGCGACGACGCGCUUUUUACGCACAACUGGAACCGGAGUCGUCGGCGAAAACAUGCGCCUGUAGGAGCUUAGAAGAGGAGUGUGUAGCUGUGUGUGUCCGUGCGUGUUUGUGGAGGGAGGGAAGGAAGGAAGGAGGGAGGGGGGCGAAGAGAAGAGCUGGAUUCGGCGAUUAAAUUGUCUUGUGUUGGCUUCGUUACCCGCUGAAGGGCGAUGGGCUGCUAAAGUUAGAGAGGGAAAUCAGGGGCACAUUCGCGAUCCAGGAGCAACGGUGUGUGGCUCCGGAGGGAGGAAGGAGUGCGGAGAAGAGGCAGACGGAGGCGCAGAGGCUUUCGAAGGCGAGCCACGGAGCCGACACUCGCACAAAGGCGCAGAGGGGGAUUUAUGCGGAAUUGGAGACAGAAACGGAGGAGCCGCGGUGAAAGAAUGACGAGCGAGAAGUAUGCAACCGCCGUGGUACAUUACCUGAGGUGAAACGAGAAAAUGAUAGAAGAAACACACCCAAACGAUGACAGCUACAUCGUGCGUGUGAAAGCGGUGGUGAUGACACGGGACGACUCGAGCGGCGGCUGGCUGGCCCAGGACGGGGGAGCUCUGACCAGAGUGGGCGUGUGCCGCCUCCUGCCGCCCGAGUUGGCACCCGUUCCGACCUCCAGCAGCUCCCAGUUCCUCAUCCGUGGAGAGCGACUACGGGACAAGCAGGUGAUCCUGGACUGUCCGCUGAGGAAGGAUCUGGUGUACACCAUAGCGACGCCCACAUUUCAUCAUUGGAAAGUGGAGGAUAGAAAGUGUGGCCUGUCCUUCCAGAGUCCAGCGGACGCCAGAGCUUUCGACAGGGGGGUACGGAAAGCAAUAGAGGAUCUGGCUGAAGGCUCCACCACCUCCUCUACAGCACUCCAGAAUGAGGCCGAGCUGGGUGACGAUGACGUCUUCACUGUAAGCAUGAUGUUUCCUACGUUCAUAUACUAUCACAUUCAGAGAUAAGGUGUUGUAGAGGCCCGUCGGCGUGCCAUCACCUGACAGAAUAAGCCAUUUAGGUACAAAAGCCGUGACUUUACAGUAGUCCGUCUUCAGAGAAAGGUGAAGAUGAGGUGUAAAACAUCUCUGGAGACUUAUCUGGUUGUCACUUGUGUGCGUCAUGGAGGUGUGCCAUCAGGUGUUCUCAGUUUUCCCACACUGGGAGCCUCUGAGUCUCCGGGGGCAGCGGGCAGCACCGGGAUGUUAUUUCAAGGUUCAGUUCAAGGUGAAUAACAUUCUGCCAUUCUGCUGUUGUUAAUGAGCAAACAGCAUUGUGUUAAGUAAUCGCAAGGUGGUGAAUUUGUCUCAGUUCAUGGCGAGACACUUGCACGCGAUCCACGUCGAUCAGCUGUGGACGAAAAAGUUGUGCUAAAGCACUUACUUUCGUUUCGUCUAGUACAAAAAAACAAAAACUGUGUUCUACUUGUCGCCAUUGUUGUGGGAACUAUGUGUAAUUUAUGUUUUUAGGUGCAUUCUUCUGAAACUGAACCUAAUUACUAUAUACUUAAUAUGAAAACAUAGUAGUGUACAUGUAGUCUUAUGUUGUUUAUACUUGUUCAUAGUCAACACGUAUAUAAAGUAAAGGCCCCUGGAUUGAAACAACUAUUCAGUCAAAAUCCAAAAUCGACAUCUAAAUCAUCUCAAACUUCACUUCAUCCGUAGAGCAGAAGGGCUUCCCCCUCUGUCUUUCACAUAUACCUGCCUCAGUGCAUGAAGCGCGCAUCUUGUUUUGUGUGUCAGGGCCCCUGUACCUUAAGUUAGCACGGAGGACCCCCUCCCCCCACCCGGUAACAUGACACCAGGAACAGCAGGCAGGGCCACAGGGUCACUUCCUGUAUUCCUCCACCUCCCCUCUCUCCUGGUGACCCCCACCUCUAGCAGCAGCAGCAGCACACACACACUGCACUCCCUGCACCCUCCCAGUUGAGAAGGAGAGAGCAGCCACCAUUCUAGCAGCAAGCAGCUGUUUCACAGCUUAGUGCAGGACUGGUGAUUUAUGAGAGGAAGUGCCUCAUGGUUCAUCUUUGACUUGAGCUGUCUGUAAGGGCCAAGACUAAUAGGUGCUCUGCUGGGAGUGUACAGCCACCACAGAGACGCAUACAAACACAUGAAGGGGGGGAGUAAUCGCUGAAAUGGAGCAAUGGGUUUUCAGGAAAGUAAAAGCUUUCAGUGCAAUGAAUCAGGGGCAGUUCCUGGCAGAUAUAUGCUGCUUUAUAGAAGCGCAUUAACAAAUUAAGGAAUUCUCUUUGUGAAUUAUCUCUCGAUUGUGUCGUGCUGUUUCAACAGUGCUCAGUAGGAAGAUUAAGAAGGGCAGAGUGGAGCCAGCUAACAGUCAGUAAAGGAAACUACUGUACACUCAUAGGCACAGCUUGGAUGCCCACUUUGGCAGAAGGUUCACCAAAUAUGGAGGCUAGGUUUUAGGUUUGUACAGAACCUUUAUUCUUUCGCUGCCAUGGUCAGAGCAUGCUAAACCGCUGGUGAGUGAAAACUGUGUCGGACAUAGUGGAAAAAGUGCACAGGCAAUUGUUUCCCGGUUGUCUUUUCAUUUAUUUACUGAGCGUAUGUGGUCGUAAACAGUCGCCGUCUGAAUUUACAUUUUUCUUUGUCCGUUUUUGUCUGUGCGGCUUUGUCUCUGCAUGUCUGCUGUUGCAUUUUUGAAAGAAAACAAAGUUUCACUUUGUUGGUCUAUGCAAGAAGUGAAGGUACACACAGUGCAUGAGAUCUUGGUGAUAAAACAUUUUCAUCACCAUUACCCUUUCAAUGUUCCUAAAGCAACUGCACCAGAGACGACUUCUUGUCUUGCACUCAACGAUCAGACCUUUCCUAAAGUUACCGAUAGUUUGCACGGCAGGCAGUCGUGGACAGAGGGAAAUGUUGUAGGAGA